ACGAUUUAAACGCACAAUCUAGAGGAAACACGCGGGAAUGUAACAGUUUGUUAAUCUUUAGCCAGUCUUUCUCUUGACACCCAAAACCGUCCAGGGGGCUGAUAUGAAAAUGAGAAGCAAGAAAGAGAGAGAGGGGAAAUGGGGAAGUGUGAGUUCCUCUGUGAGUGUUUUUUUUUCGUUCGUUUUUUUUUAUUUGCUUCUCGCAUCACAGACGAAACACAUUUUCUUUGGAAGGGUAAAGCUCCACGCCACCACUUUUAAAGCUCAACUCCGCCAAUUGAUCGUCUGAUGCUAGGUGAGGAUCACGCAGGCGCGAACCAUGUGUGACAGCAUUUUGGAAGAUAUUUUCAUUAAGCGCUCGCAGCAGAGGAGGAAAACGUCGCCGUUGAACUAUAAAGAGAGAUGGUUCAUCCUCACACGGGAGAAACUCUCCUACUACGACUAUGAUGCUGACAAAGGGAAGCGAAAAGGCCUGAGGGGCUCAGUGGACCUGGAGAAGAUCAAGUGUGUCGAAACGGUGCAGACGGAGCACAACAGCCCGCAGGAGCGCAUGUAUGCAUUUCAGGUCAUUUACGAUGAGGGGCCGCUGUACAUCUUCGCAAAGACAGAGGAAGUUCGAGCUCAGUGGAUAAAGAAGCUGAAAGAACUGGUGCAAACCAACAAGGACUUGAUGCAAAAAUACCACCCGUGCUUCUGGAUCGACGGCAUGUGGCUCUGCUGCCAGCAGGAAGUCAAGCAGGCGAUGGGCUGUAAGGUUCUGGAUAGCAAGAACGGCUUGAUGUCUCGGAGGGGAACCCGCAAACCUCUGCCCCCGACUCCUUCAGAGGACAAGCCCGGCCGACGAUUACCUCCGCAGCUUCCCGAGGCCAACGAGCCCUGCGCGGGGAUGAGUGUCGUAGCUCAAUACAACCACCCGGCCAUGAUGUCUCACGACCUCGAGCUGAAGAAGGAUGAGGAGUACACCAUUCUGGACAAGUCUGACCCCAACUGGUGGAGAGCCAGAGACAAAUACGGAAAUGAGGGUUACAUACCCAGCAACUAUGUGGUGGAAGUUGGACACGGCCUAGACAGAUAUGAUUGGUACUGCAAGAAUACAAACCGUAGCCAGGCAGAGAAGCUCCUGAAGACUGAGAACAAAGAUGGAGGCUUCCUGGUGCGAGACUCCAGCAAGCCAGGGAAGUACACCGUGUCUCUGUUCAGCAAAGGCGGCGGAGAGGCCGGUGGUAUUUGCAAACAUUACAACAUCUGCACCACCCCGCAGGGACAGUUCUACUUGGCUGAGAAGCACAACUUCAACAACAUCCCGGAGCUCAUCAACUACCAUCAGCACAAUGCCGCAGGCAUGUUUAGCAGACUGAAAUAUAUUGUUUCCGAUCGAGCACAGCCUCCAUCCACAGCAGGUCUUGGCUAUGGCAUGUGGGAGAUCGACCCCUCCUGUCUGACUUUCAUUCGGGUCCUGGGUACGGGUCAGUUUGGCGUGGUGCAGCACGGAAAAUGGAAGGGCCAGCACGACGUGGCUAUCAAGAUGAUUAAAGCCGGGGCCAUGUCGGAGGAUGACUUCAUAGAGGAAGCCAAGAUCAUGAUGAUGCUCCACCACGAGAACCUGGUGCAGCUGUAUGGCGUGUGCACCAAGCAGAGCAGCAUCUACAUUGUGACUGAGUUCCUCUCCAAUGGCUGCCUGCUCACCUACCUCAGGGAGGGCCUCAGGCAGCACCCCACCUCCGUACAGCUCCUGGAGAUGUGCAAAGACGUCUCCGAGGGAAUGGCCUACCUGGAGUCCAAGCAGUACAUCCACAGGGAUCUGGCAGCCAGGAACUGUUUGGUUGACGGCAACGGAACAGUCAAAGUGGCAGACUUUGGUUUGUCAAGGUACGUCCUAGAUGACGAGUACACAAGCUCUGCGGGUUCCAAAUUCCCCGUCCGCUGGUCGCCUCCUGAAGUUCUCCUCUAUUGCAGAUUCAGCAGCAAGUCGGACAUUUGGGCUUACGGGGUGCUGAUGUGGGAGGUGUACACUUUGGGGAGGCUCCCGUAUGACCGUCUGAACAACAAUGAAAUCGUGUCUCAAGUGUCUGGAGGCCUCCGACUGUACCGUCCUCAGCUGGCGUGUGAGAAGGUCUACAAUGUCAUGUCGUCAUGCUGGAUCGAUAAGGCAGACGAGAGACCCACCUUCCAGGAACUGGUGUUCACUGUUCAGGAUUUGCUGUAUGAACUACAGUAGAUUACAACAGCAGCAACUUGGAAAAAUGAACGCAAACUUGUGAAAUUUUUAAACAUAAUGUAAAGUACCGGUUUGGAACGGCUAAUUUAACAGUGAUAUCCUUUUAGACAACCUUUGUUGAACACACAAACAUAUUGUAAUGCCCUUCAGUGUGAUCAAGGAUGCGCACAGUCGCAUAAUGCGCUAAGCGCUUUGUUACAGCUGCCGCUGUUGUGAAAGCGCUAAAUCUAAAUCAGCAUGUAUUGUAUUGUAUUGCUCGCACUUUUAAACAGAACAGUGACAACAGUUUCACACCAGAGGUGGUGAUGGCAGCAAUUUAUUCACGCCCAUACGCUCCACACUCAGACUGCCUUUCACAGCCAAUCUUCCCCUCCCGGCCAUCGCCUCUCAAGUGGCCCCACCCUCUCACUCACAAAUUACAAUGAGCAGCUAUUACAAUAUGAACGUUUAAGUAGAACCGUGCUUUUUGAAUGCAUAAUUAAUUGCAAAAUAAAAGCUAUGUCGGACUUUUGAAUCAAUAGCGUUGAAUACUAUACAUACUGUACUGUAGUUUAUUUCUAGCCGUUUUGCGGUGUACGUCCUGUGUUUUUUUUUUAAUAGUCUUUAUUGAACAAGUCGGAAUACAAUUCUCAGAAAACAAAACAAACAUGUUUUUAUUACAUACACAUAUUGCACACGUUUAAACAAAAAAGAAGCCCGGGGAUUUUUAGACAACAUUUUCAAUCAAGGAGCAUAUAGCCAGAGUCUUAACAGCUUUCUUGUUUUUGGAAUCCAUAAUAGAACUCAGGUACUGCUUUGUUUCUGAUUCAAAAAUUAAGAAAAGAGGUUUCGAAUUAUUUCAUCUGGAUUUGUGGAUAUGGAAUUUAGCGAGAAUGAUUAUUAAAUUUAUAAUG